CCCGUGCCUACGCUCCUUCCGCCUUUCCUCAAAGACGCAAAGGGCGGUUGUACGGCACCUAGUUCAAUCUGAUGGCACCUAGUUCAAUCGCAAAGGUGUCAAGCUGAUGGCAGUUUUUGUUUCACGCCGGAUCCCGCCCUCACUAUGGCGUACACCGGAACCCAGCCCAGCUGGGCCCCGUAUACGAACAUGCAGACCGUUGGGGUGCGGGCCAAAGGCUCUGCAUAGACUCUCUGAGUACUAUAAAAGCCCGAGUCAGCAUCUCCGCCCUCUCACCUGGAGGGAUCAAGAAUUUCGACUGAGACAAUUUAUUUUGUAGCGGAGGAAUACCAAGGACGCACCUUAGACCAUCGAACCAGCGAAAUGCACAUUCAAGCACUAUCAAUUGCGCUCGCAGGCGUUGCUGGCAUCUCCGUCAACGCUGCUCCUGCACGUCAAAGAGCGCCGGCCGCCAUCCAACUUCGUGAUGUAGCCACUGGCACUACCACUGGCACAUGGACCGAAGCGGCAGCUGCUCCUGCUGCAACACUUGCCGAACGCGACGUGGCGGAAUUCGUAGCGCUCAACCGCCGCCAGUUGCCUGGAAUUACAGAGUUGCCCGCACUUAUUACUGAGGCGGCAACCGCCACCGCUGCGACCGCUACCGAAACUGCCGUGCUUAGGAGGCGCGAUCCGGCGGUUCUCCGUCGCCGACAAGUCACGGUCGAACCCAUUCCUCCCCCGGUCCCCAUCCUCCCUCUUCCCCCGGUAGCAUCUCUCGAAGCAGCCAUUACAUCCACCGCUUCGGCUACCGCUACCGCCACGGCCGCAGCGGAACGCAUCCGCCGCCGGGUUCCGACCAUUCCAGACAUCCCCGCUAUCAUCCAGACGGCCAUCGCAGAUUACUUUACCCUUGGUGCCGCAACGUCGACAGUGACCGCCACUGCAACCCCUAUUGAUGUAAAACGUUACCGUCGCCAGGAGGUUCCCCGCAUCCCUCUCGAUGCGCUCCAAGAAGUUCCCGAUGCCAUCGAGACCUUCAUUGACGAAUUGAUCCCGACUCCUACCACAACGGCGACCGCAUCGGCGACAGCAAAUGUAGCGGAAGGCGUCAUUAACAGCCGCCGCGUUCGUCGCCAAGUGCUUCCGGUAUCUCUUAUCCCAGCGAUCGAAAGCCUUAUUCCAACGGAGAUCUUGGCCCCAUCAACCACGGCCACUGCAACCGCGGCGGCGGCGGUUACCCCGGUCCUUCGAGUGAGGGCGCCGGCUAUGCUCAACAACGAACGUCGACAAGUCCUAUCCUUGCCGGCCAUUAUCAUCCCCUUCCCGGUGACCACCACCGGCACCGCUACCACAACCGCAGCGGCGGCUACCAUCGUACCAGCUCUGACGGUUGUGGCCUAGGGUCGUGAACCUUUGAUGGGACGUGGGGUAGAGAUUUGGGUCGGGAACUAUGGAUGCGACUACAUUGGGUGGACAUUUAUACAUUUUUGUGCAAUGGACCGCUAUUCCACAUCCGUCUAUUCUUCAUGUACAAAGAAGCAUGCUAUAUAAUAUUUUUUCAAUUCAAUUUGCUCUAUGAAA